CGCCGUGAUCUGCGCAGACGCCUUCGUCAACUCCGUCCUGCUUGUUUAUGCUCUCCUGUCUGGUCCGGACCCCCGCCUGUCCCUGCGUCUGUGUGUCGGGAUCGCCUCUGCGUUCAGUCGUGCAGCAUGGCUGACGGUCCGGACGCGGACGAACCGCCCAGUAUCCGGUUCCUUCCGCUCAUCACCGUGUCCGACCUGCCCACAUCCACCCCUGCAGGCCGCAACCUGAAGGAAUGGCUUCAGGAGCAGUUCUGCGACAAACCUCUGGAGCAGGAUGACAUGCGGCUCCACAACGCGGCCUACGUGGGAGACCUGGACACCCUGAGGAACCUGCUGCAGGAGGACAGCUUCCGACUACGCAUCAAUGAGAAGUCGGUGUGGUGCUGCGGCUGCCUGCCCUGCACCCCCCUGCGGAUCGCAGCGACGGCCGGACACGCUGCGUGCGUGGCCUACCUGAUCGCCCAGGGAGCCGACGUGGACCUGGUUGACGUCAAAGGUCAAACGGCUCUCUAUGUGGCGGUUGUUAAUGGUCACUUGGACUGCGUCCGGAUCCUCCUGGAAGCUGGAGCCGAUCCCAACGGGAGCCGGCAUCACCGCAGCACGCCGCUGUACCAUGCUGCACGGGUGGGGAGGGAGGACAUUCUGCAGGAGCUCAUCAGAUUUAACGCUGACGUUGACAUGGACCACCAGCUGGGCCCCCGUCUCAUCCUAAGCGCUCGAACCCUCAACACGCUGGUGGUGUGUCCGCUCUACAUCAGCGCCGCCUACCACCACCUCCAGUGUUUCAGAGUGCUGCUCCGAGCCGGCGCGCAGCCCGACUUCAACUACACGGGACCCGUCUGCCACGAGGCUCUGGCGCGGGGCCUGGCCUCCUGCCUGCUGGACGCGGUGCUGCGACACGGAUGUGACGUGGCCUUCGUCCACCUGCUGCUGGACCACGGGGCUAACCCCGCUUUCGUGUCCUGGGGCGAGUCUGAACUCCAGGCUCCAAAUCGAAGGAAAGUUGAACCAGAGGCACUAAAGGUUUUCCUGGAGGCAAAAAGAAACCCUCGUAGACUGGUACAUCUGUGCCGCAUCAGGAUCCGCAGAACGAUGGGCAAAAAACGUCUUAACUGCAUAUCCUCACUGCCAGUACCAGAUCCCAUCAAGAACUUCCUGCUCCACCAAAACUGACCCAAACUGUGGCUUUCCUCAUCUUGUGAAGCGGUCAUCCUCAGUGAGUCCCAAACAGCGCUCCCGGUGUUCAGAUGUUAGCACGCCAUCCUUUUGCCUGAUUUGCUUCUUUCUAAAGAAGCUGUUCUCAAACGGUGAACCUCUGUCUGCGUCCUACAGUGGAUUAUUGCCUUGUGAUCCCCUAAAUCCUCAAGAUGUCUCCUGGUAUUUUUAAAUUUAACAGGCAGAAUAAAUGUCUUCUGAUGGAAAAAAAAGACUUAUAAAUAUAUACAUAGAUAUAUAUAGAUAUCUAUAGAUAUAGAUAGAUAUUUGAAUGUUAAUUUAUGGGGGGUAGAUGUACUGAAACAUGUUAUUGAAUGUCUCCUGAGUGUUUAUACUGAUAAAUAGAUCAUAUCCACAGAUGUUGCAGGUUUCUUUGGAUACAAAGAAAGCUCUUGUGUUCUUCUGCAGCCUUCAGUCUUUUUUUAAUUUUGGUUUCCUUGAAAGAACAACUCUCCACAUUUGGACAAAACACUGCAGUUUGAAAGUGAUGCAAUAUGUUGAUUCUAUUUUAUUCUGUUGCUCUGACAAUCUAGGUAAUACCUUGUUAAUAAGUUGUGAUUUUAAUUUAAAAAAAGACAGAAUUUAGGGCGUUUUGUUUUCAAUAACCAGAAUGAUGCCUUCUCAGUGAUGCUAUUGCACUUAAUGUUUCUUGUGUGUGCACGGCGUAUACAAAAUGAAAGUACUUUUCAAAGAUGUACAACUAUAAAUGUGUUUUUGUUUCUUUGUUUUCUACAUUUCACUGUAAUUUGCUUACAUUAAAUGUAAUCAGGAGAAUCUCUCCAA